UCACUUCAGAGUAGAGUUUUGCUGAGUAACGGACGGCUCACGCGCAGAGAAUUUCGUCAUCGACGGAUUUUUAAAAAUAAAAAUUACCAAAUGAAGGAAAGGAGGUCGUGUCAAAAGACGUCCUUUCAGCCAGGAAUGGACUCGACUCAGAACGUUAAAUGUAAGAUAGUGGUGGUGGGAGACAGCCAGUGUGGAAAAACCGCUUUACUUCAUGUGUUCGCUAAGGACUGUUUCCCUGAGAACUAUGUUCCCACCGUGUUUGAGAACUACACCGCGAGUUUUGAGAUUGACUCUCAACGGAUUGAGCUGAGUCUGUGGGACACUUCAGGCUCACCGUACUACGAUAACGUGAGGCCGCUGUCCUACCCCGACUCUGACGCAGUCAUCAUCUGUUUUGACGUCAGCCGCCCAGAGACGCUGGACAGCGUUCUUAAAAAGUGGAAAGGAGAGAUCCAGGAGUUCUGUCCCAACACCAAGAUGCUGCUAGUCGGCUGCAAAUCGGACCUGAGAACAGACCUCAACACCUUAGUGGAACUGUCCAAUCACAGACAGAUGCCGGUGUCGUAUGAUCAGGGUUCUGCGAUGGCUAAACAGAUCUCAGCUCCAUACAUCGAGUGUUCAGCGCUGCAGUCAGAGAACAGUGUACGGGACAUUUUCCACGUGGCGACGCUCGCUUGUGUCAACAAGAACAACAAAACUGUCAAACGCAACAAAUCUGCACGUUCUGCCAAGCGCAUCUCGCACAUGCCUGGCAGGCCUGACCUGGCUGCUGUGGCAACAGACUUCCGCAAGGACAAAGCCAAGAGCUGCACUGUCAUGUGAUCUCGUCUAAAAUGACGAAGGCAUUCUGGGACAUGUGGGUGGAUAAAACAGCGGGUGAACGGAGAAACUCAGUGGGGUAAAAAAAAAAAAAAGUCGACUAAAGAAUUACACAGUGGAUUAGUGAAGGAGAGACACUUUCACUCGGCCGGUUUGCAAAUGCUGUAUGCAGCCGUUUCGCUUCCUUUAACCUGACAGCAAAUGGAAAGUGUCUUAAAGCCAUGACUCGCCCGUUCCCCCGAACCGCAUCCCCUAGGAGGAAGUGCAAUUCCUCUAACCCAGCAAGAGGCCAUGCUUCUGGAAAGAAACACUUCGUGACAAAUUUGAGGAGGAACUGGCAUCGAGGCACGUACACGAAGAGCAACAAGUGGGUUUGGGGAAGGAAGCUGAAUCUUGGACUGUGUGAACCGUUCGCUUCUCUCCUGAACGAGAACUGCAUGGAGCAGAAGAGAAAUAACUGUUUAUCACUGUGCUUUUGAUUCACUUCUCUUUUUCUGCAUGGCUGCUUAUCCAGAUGUUCGUUCUCUUUUUAUAGCUGAGCUCAGCUCAAAUUAUUAUGCACAUGUGGUCACCAUGGAUACACCACUUCUACAGUCCUCCUUUUGCCAUUUCAAAAGCUCAUCACAUUUUCUGAGGUUUUAUAUUUAGAGAGAAAAAGAGGAUUUGAGCCAGUUAUUCUGGAAGGUCUCUGGCAUUGUGGCUAAGACUAAAUAAUUCACCACAUAGAUUGGUUCAGGACGGAAGGAAGGGUUUCUGUCCGCUCCUGUAAAACAAAUACAACACACACGAACAAAAAUGAGCAGUCCUAAAGUGUCCUCAAUCAAUGUCAUGUUUGCUGAAGACCGCAUCUGCAGACAUCUUAAUAUAUUGUAUAACUGGCACAAAUCCCACAUUCCUGUAGCUUAACAUAACAGUUCAUACAUGUGUUCAGUUCCUGUUCAAUAUGGCUUGAACAAGAAUAUUAGGAGGAUGUUAUCUUAAAACCGUAACUCUACACCUUCUGCCAUGUUGUUGUUAAUAUCACAGCUCUGAGUUUUUACAUUAUGCCAGAGCUGUAUGGAUCUGUUGAGAGCUUUAUUAACAUUCAUGAACUGCGUCUCGGUGCAGCAGUACGUUUUCAGGGCAGAGGCGUUUUGUUUUCUGAUUUAUUUAACAUGAACAGCUUUUUUUUUCCGCUCUCUCUUUUUUGGGAAUGGGAAAUGAAAGGCUGUUGAAAGUGACUGUACAACUGCUACAGAAGUGAGAACAGGAACUGAUUUGUUGUUAAUUGUGGAUAAAAACUAUGACGUGGAGUUUGUUAGAAAAUAUCAGUCUGCACUUCAGCAUGUGAUGGUGUUGGAAUAUAAUCAUCAGUAACUCUGCAUCACACAUCCCUGUUAUCAAUAGUUUCCUAGAACGUUGUGCCUCUGUUUUAACUCGAACUCCUAACUAACCGGUAUUGCAUAAGCCUCGCUAACAAAGCUGUUUAUUAACCUUGACAUCACAGAGAAACUCUUUCAGUAUCUCCUUGUUAACCAGCAUGAGGAAUUUUUCUGUUUUACAGUGGGUUUGAUUAAACGUUUUGUUUUGUCUGGAGAGACGAACUGUCUCGAGUCGACGUGUGACACGUGUUUUAUUUGUACUCUGUGUUACACUAUGCAGAGGUGUUGUGUCUGAUUUAAAGGACAGGCAAAUGUUCUCUCUUACUGCUAAAGAGGGAGAGAGAAUUAAAUUUGUUUUUUCUUUUUUUGGGGAAAUUUUAGACCAUUGCAUAGGAAGGUCAGUAGUUGCACUUUUUAUUUAAAAUUUUUUUUUUUUUUUUCCCUUAGACCUUUAGGCUUCACGUCUAUUCAUGUAGGCAGUAUUAAUGUCUCCUCUUUUGUAUUUAAGUGUUAAAUUGUGUCGUUGCUAUAAAGUUAGACAAACUUUUUUUUUUUUUUUCCCUUCAUCAAAUCCAAAUAUUUUCUG